AUGGCUACGGCGGCGUCUAACCCCUACCUGCCAAGCAACAGCAUCCUGUCGGCGGGCUCCAUCGUCCAUUCGGACUCCGGGGGGAUGCAGCCGGGCAGCGUGGCCGUCACUUCGGUGUCCGGCGGGGGCUACCGGACCGACCCUUCUUCCGUGAAGAUGGUCCAGAGUGACUUCAUGCAGGGCGCCAUGGCGGCCAGCAACGGCGGCCAUAUGCUGAGCCACGCGCACCAGUGGGUGACAGCCCUGCCCCACGCCGCCGCCGCCGCCGCUGCCGCCGCCGCCGCCGCCGUAGAAGCCGGCUCGCCCUGGUCCAGCAGCCCGGUGGGCAUGACGGGCAGCCCCCAACAGCAGCAGGCGCAGCAGCAGCAACAGCAGCCCGACGUGAAGGGUGGCGGCGGCGGCGGCGGGCGGGACGACCUGCACUCGAGCGCGGCGCUGCACCACAGGCCCCCGCCGCCGCACCUGGGUCCCCCGCACCAGAGCCACUGGGGCUCCACCACGGCGGCCCACUUGCCUUCCAUGGCCAGCCAGCAGCAGCAGCAAUCGCUCAUCUACUCGCAACCCGGCGGCUUCACGGUCAAUGGUAUGCUGAGCCCCCCGCCCGGCAGCCAGAGCCUGGUGCACCCGGGCUUGGUGAGGGGCGACACGCCAGAGCUGGGCGACCACCCGGGUCAUCACCACCAUCACCACCACCAUCCGCACCCGCACCAGCACCACGGCGGCGGCGGCGGGGCCGGCGGCCUGAACAGCCACGAUCCGCACUCGGACGAGGACACGCCGACCUCGGACGACCUGGAGCAGUUCGCCAAGCAGUUCAAGCAGCGCCGGAUCAAGCUGGGUUUCACGCAGGCCGACGUGGGCUUGGCACUGGGCACCCUGUACGGCAACGUCUUCUCGCAAACCACCAUCUGCCGCUUCGAGGCCCUCCAGCUCAGCUUCAAGAACAUGUGCAAACUCAAGCCCUUAUUAAAUAAGUGGCUGGAGGAAGCCGACUCGUCCACGGGCAGCCCGACUAGCAUCGACAAGAUCGCCGCGCAGGGCAGGAAGAGGAAGAAGCGGACCUCCAUCGAGGUGAGUGUCAAGGGGGCUUUGGAGAGCCACUUUCUGAAAUGCCCCAAGCCCUCCGCCCAGGAGAUUACGAACCUAGCGGACAGCCUGCAGCUGGAGAAGGAAGUGGUCAGGGUUUGGUUUUGCAAUCGAAGGCAGAAAGAGAAGCGGAUGACCCCUCCUGGGAUCCAGCAGCAGACGCCCGACGAUGUCUACUCCCAGGUCGGCAACGUCAGCUCCGACACGCCGCCCCCGCACCACGGACUUCAGGCGAGCGUGCAGUGAAAGAGACAGAAAGACAGUCAGAGAGACAGAGUCGUCGUCACAAA